CCAAAAUCCCAUCCAUCCUUUCUUACCCACCCCCCACAAUCUCUCCUCAUCUCUUCUGUUAUCAAUCUCUCUUUCAUGUCUGCUUAAUCCUUCUGUAUAACUACUGUCUUUCAGCUCCACCCCAUCAGGUCGCUGUUGGCCUGCAAUGGAUUCUAUUGAGCCUGUCUCUGGUGCCUCUGAUUCUUCUCCGCCCGGCCAAGUCCGACCGACGUCAUAUACAGCACGUUCUCGGGCACCUUCGUUGCGGUCGCGACGGCCCUCCAUCAGACUUCAACGCUUCCCUUCCUAUGACAAUGUUCGUUUUCAACAAACACAGUCUAAUGCAGACCCCCUCAAUGGACCUUUAGCCUCGCAGAAUGCCCCCGCCCCGUCCAGGUCUGAUCCGGAUGAUGACGAGGAUGAUGCCUGGCAGGGAAACCGGCGCCGCAGCAAUUCCGAGCCGCGACCGGGUCGGUGGUCGAAUACUCCCAACCCAGUCCUCCUCACCCGUUUCGCAACCGGAGAUCAGAUGCACACUGUCCAUGAAGAGGCCUCUCCUCAGAGUCCAGGGCCAGCCGCUGACUCGGUACCGCCGCUGCCGCAGCAGAACCCUGAAUCGUUACAAAUACCCCGACGAGGGAGCCGCGGCUUCAUGCGUUGGUCUGGCGGGGUCUCCACGAACCGUUUCACAAGGAAUCGUGCAUCGACAGUGAGUGGGAGCGCGCCUGCUCAGACGGCAGAGCCAGGCGACGAAUAUCGGUCACAUAUUGUCGAUAUCUUGGAUGUGAUCGAUCCCGAAGUGUCGGCACUUUCCACCCUUACCAAUGUCCAGAACUCACUCUUCGUCCCCAACUUGGGGCCCUUUAUCAAUCGUAAUCAGACGUAUACUCUUUCCCCACCACCCGCGCCGCUCAGGAACCUCGACUCGUCGACCAGUGAUGAAGGCGAAGACGAAGCUGAGGAGAAGGGCCGGGAGCCCGCGGUUCGUCCAUCAAUCGAGCACACUCUCACCUCGGUGAUUGAUGACGGCGGCGAGGCUCGAUUUGCUGUCUUGCCCGAAGGUAGCAAUCUGGCCGGUUGGUCUACGGAGGAGAUUGAAGAAUUGAACGACCAUGUCCGGCAUAUGUUGCAUUCGCGGAGGUCCAAAUUCAAGCGUUCUAUGAAGGGGUUCGGGAAAUAUGUUUCGAAGCCGCUGGGAUUCUUGGUCACGCUGUAUGCCACGUUGAUCACGCUUUUCGGUCUUGCAUGGGUGUUGUUCCUGAUUGGCUGGAUCAACGUCGGAGGCCGACAAUCGUACCUCAUCAACGUCAUCGACAAUGUGCUCGUAGCCCUGUUCGCGAUCAUGGGUGAUGGCCUUGCCCCGUUCCGUGCUAUCGACACGUAUCAUAUGAUUUUCAUUGCACGUUAUACUUUCUUGACGUGGAAGAUCCGUCGGAAACGGCAAUUGCCCGAUCUCAUGGACAAGAAUGACCUGCCAUCGCGCCGAGAGGAGGACGUGGACGUCGAGUUCGGCGACACGCCGAAAGAGGAGGAACACGAGUUCAGCGUGCUCAACCCGGCGCAGCAGGCCAAGUUGAUUCACCACCAGACCAAGCUUGCCAAUUCGCACACGUUCUACAAACCGCACGAGACUUUUACUCAUCAUGCCUUUCCGCUGCGUAUGCUUAUCGCCAUUGUGGUUCUACUAGACUGCCACUCGUUGUUCCAGAUUGCGCUGGGUGCCUGCACUUGGGGCAUCAGCUACCACGUGCGUCCGUUUGCGUUGACGACUGUUAUUCUGUGUUGCUCGAUCACUUGCAACAUCUCUGGCGGUGUUUUGAUUAUGAUUGGCGACCGGCGGACCCGCAAGAAGGAUGUUGUCGAGCGGCUUUUCCGGCAAGAGCUCACGCAAGAAGCGAUCAAGAAGAUGCGGAAGAAGCGACGCAAGGAGGAGGAGCAGAGCAAAGAGCAGUCUCCUCUGACCCGGUCUCAUUCCAACUCGUCGCGGACCGAGGACACAGAACCAUUCCCGACUGUGGCUUGA